AGCUAAUACACGUGUUUAAAAGUAGGCCAUUCAAGUGACUUUCAUUAGACGCUCGUUGAGUUAAGCACUUACCUUAUCUGCUCAGCAUCAGAGGGUAAAACCACGGGUUAACCAGGUUAACCACAUCCUCACAGAAACACUUCCCCUUCAGUUCUCAGAAGAGAAACACAGAAGCAGCCGGUUAGAGACUCUGACAGUCGAGAGCCAGAGACCGAGAGAGAAGCUUGAUGUCUGAAUUCAGAAGGAUCAUGAUGUCUUCAUUCCUGAUGCUGCUGCUCCCCUUUCCAGCUGCAGAUCUGAAACGUUACAUUGUCAGACCUGGAGAUGAAGUCACUUUGCCUUGUGACUAUGUGAUGCAUGAUCAGGAUAAGUGUGAGAGAACUCUCUGGCGCUUCUAUGAUUCACCAUACCCACCAGGAGUGAGGCUGUUUGAAGACGGACAGAUUCACAACGAUUCCAAAGCUAAAUCAGACAGACUGAGAGUUACAGAGAAAUGUUCUCUGGUUAUAAAGAAGGUCACAGAGGAGGAUGCUGGUUAUUACUCCUGCAGCCAGUUCAACAGAUCAGGAGAACAACAAGGUCCAGACUCUGAUGUUAUUCUGUCUGUUGUUUCCAUGACUGAACAUCAGGACAAUGAUGAGGUGACGUUAAACUGCUCUGUGUCGACAUAUAGAGGAGUAUGUACACACCCAGUGAAGUGGCUGCUUCAGGGUCAAGAUGUGGACAAAGAUCACAGAGAGAUAAAGACAUCACAGUCUUACUGCUCUGCCUCUGUGACAUUUUUGACUUCUCUCUUUAGUUACACAACAAGGUCUGAGUUGUUUUCUUGUGAAGUAACUGAUAUGUUCACAAGAGAAGUGCAUCUGUUUCCCUUCAGCGCUCAGUCCUCAGGUGAUGCUACAACAACUGGAACAGCAAUUGAUGAAUGGACAUCUGAAAGCAACACCGGAACAGGAGCAGACUGCAAACAUCCAGAAGGACCAGCUGUGUGGUGGGUCAUCCUGGUGUCUGUGGGGUUAGCAGCUCUCGUCGUCACCGUGGUUACGGUCCACAUCUGGACCAGAGCUAAAGGGGGCAAAAAAGGGAUGAGAAAAAACCUGACAGGAGCAGAAUGAUGAAGAUGAAGAUGAGGUGAACUAUGAAAACGAUGGAGGGGCUUCUGCCUCUGUGUGACUGAUCAACAACAUCAACUCCCCUCAGAGUCCAUGCUGUCAAACAUCACCUCCUCAUAUGUUACAGGAGAAAACAGGAGAACCAUGAGAUCAUUGGAACAUUUCUGAUGCCUGAGAACACCUGAGCCCCACGAGAGGCCCUUCAGAAACUCACCUCCAUGUGAUAGGAGACACAGCUUAUUGUAUUCAUUCCUUUCUGACUGAACGUCCUUUAAGUGUGCUCUCACAUUCCCAUACAUAGUUAUACUGGAUCUGAUCUAUAGUCUGCAGUCUCUGUAUAACAUCUCAAUAUUAGCAGUACUUGUAAUCACACCUUAUACCUUCACUUCUCACUGUAACUGCUGCACAUGUUCAAACAUACGAGUGUUGGGUUGAAUUCAGAAAAUAUUUAAACUGUAAAAUGAUCCAUAAAAUAUUUUUGUUAAUUGUGAUCUCUGGGAAAAUCAUUCACCCUAGUGUCGAUUUAAUAACUUUAAUAAUGCUUUUAUCUCGUUUUUCAAUGAAUGAUUCAUAUAAUUUUUUAUAAUUAGCUUAGCGUGUAGUUAUACCUACAGUAUAUAUACCUGUACUGCCUACUGUAACUGCUGCACAUGCUCUAUAUAUCUGAUCAAUAGUCUAUACCAUAUAUUUACUAUACUCACUUUUUACUCUAUGUGUAUUCCUAAAGCUGAAAUGCCUCCAGUAUCUUAGGAUGUUUUAAUUAGCUUAAGUCCUAAUGGAAUAUGUUUCUCCUUUUUUUUACUACGGCUUUAAUGAAAUAUAAUCCAAAUAAAAAGAGUACUUUUAAUGAAUGUUA